AUGAAGUUGUCUUCUGUCUACAUUGGCAUCUUGCCUCUCUUACUCCACGGUGGUCUUGCAAAGGCCCUCGUGAAGGAGGGUGACGGAAUUAGUGGAAAGAUCGCAGCUCGUUUUCGCCAGUUUUUCGAGAACCCUGACGCACAGGGGCUCCAAAAUGACUACACUCAACCGUACGGCUAUGAGACAUCGACAACUGCCACUCUUGCCCUCACAGUGCCUGACCCAAGUGAUGUCGGAUAUCCUGGUUCCUCUCGAGCAGAUCCGGCAACCCGUGGUUAUGGGCAGAGCUCCGAGUCCGCGUCUACACCUUCAGCAAGACCAGGGAAUGGGGGGACCUCGCCCAAUUCGGAGUCAUCCUCGCUGACUACCGAUAUUGAGAGCGACUCCGACCACUACAGCUCAGCCACUUCGUCUUUGCCAGAUACUCCCAGCACCCAGAGCAAUGCUGUCCCAACCAGUUCGUUCUUCUUCGCAACCUCGGCCGCAUUGCCAGUACAGGGCACACCUGAGAGCAGCUCUCAGUCCAGUACUCCCAACGCCACUGCUACUCCAAUUCCGAGCUCUUCGUCCCCGGGCACUUUGACCGAGGUCCCUUCUCUACCACCAGCGACAAUCACAUCAGCCUUGAAUGUAACAUCCAGUCUUCCGUCCACAGGGAUCUUGAGCAACACUACUACCGCUCUUGCUGUGUCUGCCAACAUAAGCACUUCUCCAACUAUAGUGAACUCGACCCUGGUUCCAUCGGCAGCCUCCAACUCAUCGAGCCUGCUCAUAUUACCCACUGGAAACACCACACUCAUUCCCAGCUUCAACAUCUCGACUACGACUCUUCCGCUUCCGUCCAACUUCACUUCAAUCCCACAAACCAACGGCACAAGCGCACUGAAUCACACUGCUAUCUUGCCUACCAGCACUUCGAAUUCAUCAACCAUACCUGUAGCUUGUACUGGAGGUGAGAUGUCAGGGCCGUGUGCUGCAACUGGCCCUACAAGGACAUUACCGGCAGUCAACACAACCAGGCCAACUGCUCCUACAAACUCCACUGGCAGCACCAUUCUAAACACAUCCUCAUGGCUACCCUCCAAUUCGACCAUCAUGAGUCCGAGUCCGUCAAGGAAUCUAUCAAGCAGCCUGCCCAUAUGCACGGGUGGCUCUAUGGUUGGGCCUUGCAUGACCUCGACCAUUUCUCCUAUCCCAGGAAUACCUGUAUCGCCACUUCCUCCGCCCAACUCCACGAAUGUCACUCAGCCCUUGACAGGCACCUCGGGCUUUCCCGUAUCUGGAGGCGUGGGCCUGUGUACUUCCGGUUCUAUGGUUGGCCCAUGCUUCAAGCCAACAUCCUCUUUUAAUUCCACAACUCCGAGCCAGGUCGUUUCAAAUCACACAUCCCCCGUCGGAACAGGAUCGUUGUGUCUGGUUGGCUCAAUGCUUUCUCCGUGCACCGCAUCGGGAGCGAAGCCCAUUCCAGGUUCACCAGCCUCUGCCACUCGGUUUCCUAGCAACUCGAGCGCUCUUGCUAUAUCAAGUCCCACACCGUCUUCACCAUGUGCAACCGGAAACAUGACCGGACCAUGCGUGGCUCCAUCUUCAACCAGAAUUCCGGGAGUACCGACGUCCAUUCCCCUUCCCCUCACCAACAGCUCAGCUACUACAGCUCAGCUCACUGGAGUACGAGGUCCAAUCUGCAUUGUCGGUUCCAUGACUGGUCCAUGUUCUGCUUCUGGAACUGGAGCCAUUGCAUCAACCUUGCCCCUGAACUCUACGAUAGCUCCUUCCAACACUACGUCUGCUGUACCCACAACUUUACCUAUCUGCAUUGAAGGCGCCAUGAGCGGGCCGUGCUCUACUCCAGCCAACAUCACAGUCCCGACAGCGAAUAGCUCAACGAUUCAGCCAGUCAUUACGUUUAACUCGAGCCUAUUAUCGAUCAUCCCCCCCGGCACGGCAUAUACUCCUUCGAAAGGCUUGACUUCGAUUAGUCCCGUAUCUACGUCAGGUUCGGGCGGAUAUCCAAGUCCCAAGACAACAUCGAGCAUUUGCCAUGAGUCCAAGACAACCACGAAGUCACGUUAUGGAUACCCCCUGACGACGUGCAACGAAAGCAGACCCUAUGCCACUCAUGAAACCCCGUCCACCAUUGAGUCCCUGAUGACUGAUUGGGGAAGUGUUACGCGGUGGACCUCUACAAUAACUCCUCCGUCAAAUUAUACACCGUCCACAUUCUUGACCCAGAUCGUCUCAGGAGUGAUCAACUCCGAGGAAUCCACAGGAGAGGCCCAAUCGGAAAAACCUUCAAUCAUUCCAAUGAGUAGCAGCCCGAUGAAUGCUGGUUUAGGACCCAUGGAUCACCGCCACAAUCACACCGGGACAAACGAUUUGUCGAUGUUGCGCAAGAUAUCUCGAGAUGGUACAGUGCUUCUCACAAAAUGGGCCAGAGGCUUGGGCCAGUGGUUCGGUGCACCGCCACUCCAGGGAAACGAUGUCAGAGUUGUAGAGCCUGACGGACCGGCCGACUAG